AUGGAGAAUACAAACAGUAGUUGGUUCCAACCCACCACCCUUCUUCUUACAGGCAUCCCUGGACUAGAAGAUGUGCAGAUAUGGUUCUCUAUCCCGCUAUGUGUCAUGUACCUAAUUGCCCUUCUAGGAAACUGCACCAUCCUCUUUGUUAUCAAAACCACCCCCAUCCUGCACGAGCCUCAGUACAUCUUCCUGUCUAUGCUGGCAGCUACAGACAUGGGUCUGUCUGUAUCAACUCUGCCUACAGUAUUGAACGUCUUCCUCCUGGAUCACAGAGAAAUUGAGUUCCAUUCUUGCUUGACACAGAUGUUCUUCAUCCAUACCUUCUCUUCCAUGGAGUCAGCCAUCCUCCUGGCCAUGGCUUUUGACCGUUUCUUUGCUAUUCGUAAUCCAUUACACUAUACUGUGGUUUUAACACCCCCUCGGAUCAUUAGAAUGGGACUUGCAGCUGUUGUUAGGGGUGUGAUGUUAAUGAUACCCUUGCCCAUUCUGCUCAAAAGGUUGCCAUUUUGUAAGGGUGUCAUCCUAUCCCAUUGCUACUGCUACCAUCCUGAUAUCAUGAAGCUGGCCUGCGGUCCUGUCAGGGUCAAUAUCAUCUAUGGAUUGUCUCUGGUCAUCUGUUCCUUUGCAGCUGAUUCUGUAUUUAUUGUCAUCUCUUACGUCUUGAUUUUAAAAACAGUGUUGGGUAUUGCCUCAGGUGAUGGUCAACUAAAAGUGCUCAACACCUGUGUCUCCCACAUCUUCACCGUCUUUAUAUUUUAUGUACCACUCAUUGUCCUGGCUCUAAUUCACAGGUUUGGUACAUUUACAUCUCCACUGCUCCAUGUCACCAUGGCCAAUCUCUUCCUCUUCUUGACUCCUGUUCUGAAUCCUUUGGUAUAUAGCUUAAAAACCAAACAGAUAAGGUAUGCAGUGUGUAAAGUAUUCAAAAAUAGAGGAAACCCGCUCAAAUAG